AUUAUUUAAAGAGUAAUUCGGAAAAAUAAAACUAGAAUACGGCUCCGUCAUUGCCAACUCUCUCGAAAUUUCAAAAAUCCAGGGAGCUAUCGGAUGGCAUCUACUUCGAACCGAGCCGGUGGCGGUUCUUUCUACGGCGGUGCAGCACCUUACCGAUCAAGGGAGGGUUUAAGCACGAGACCGGUGGCUAGCUCUGAUGAAAUACAAUUGCGGAUUGAUCCGAUGCAUGCUGAUUUGGACGAUGAGAUCACCGGUCUCCGUAGCCAAGUUAAACAAUUGAGAAACGUUGCUCAAGAGAUAGGAUCAGAAGCAAAAUUUCAGAAGGACUUUUUAGACCAGCUGCAAAUGACCGUGAUUAAAGCUCAAGCAGGGGUGAAGAACAACAUUAGGAAAUUGAACAAGAGCAUAAUCAAACAUGGUUCAAACCAUAUAGUCCAUGUGGUUCUUUUUGCGCUAUUUUGCUUCUUUGUUGUCUACAUGUGGUCCAAAUUGUCCAGAAGAUGAGGUUUUGGGGGACUGCUGAAUACAUGUUGAUUGGCGAUUGAAAGAAAAUGGUGCCUAAAUGCUUCUAACAGUUUUCAGUGAAGUUUGUGUAAAGCUUUCUUCAUGACUUCUGUCGGUUGUAAUUGACUUGGAAAAUACUGGUUCUAGGUUUUAUUAUGUUGUUGUCAGAAGGCUAGUUCUAUCCUCCAAAAGAGGAGAUAUUGUUGCAUUAUCAUUCCGUAGUUUUAGUUAAUUAUCAUAUUUUCCAUACUCCAUCCAAAGUUGCUUUACAAGACUUGGCCUAGGUUAAACAGGCUUUUAAAUUACCGUCGAAUGUCUUGCUGAUUCUAACUUGAGCAUGGAAGAUAUUGUUACCAAUUUGUCAUUUUUGUGAAGUAUCUUGGUCAUUGAGCUAUGGCCAGUUUUA